AUGUCGAAAAAGCGCUCCAGAGAGGAAAGAAUAGACAGGUUGCAUCCUUUCAAACUGAAUAUCAGAGAAUUCUGGCCGCCAAUGAAUUUUCAAGUUCCCAAACUGCCAGAAUUUGAUGAGAAAACAGAUGAUCCAGAUCAACAUGUUUUACACUAUGAAACUGCCAUGACUCUAUGGCAGUACAACAAUGAGUCGAUACGUGAUCGGAAUGGAUGCCACGCAUUGUUCCUUCUGGGAAUUCGGAAGGAGGAAAGCAUCAGACAAUUUACUCGACGCUUCAAGCAAGAGUUGGACGAUGUGGAUAGUUCUAACGAUCAAGUCAUCAUCGCAACUUACAAACAGGCGUACCAGUAUGAUCAAAGAGGUGUGUGCGAUUCCUUGGUCAAGAGACCAUUAAAGAAUCUGGAAGAACUGUAUGAUCGAGCAGAAGAAUAUUCUCGAGUUGAGGAUGAUUCAAAAGCUCGAGAAACAAGAGAAGUUAACAGAUCAUAUAAUCAUCCAAAUGAUGGGAAGAAAUACAAGUCGAAGAACCGUUCUAGUGGGAAGCAUAAUGAUCGAGAGUUGUAUGAGAAAACAAGCAAGGAUUUGAGCCCCCCACGACCUUUGCCAGCGGAGACACGUGAUAAAAGAAAACACAACAAUUAUCAUAAAGACAUUGGUCGCAAGACUGAGAAUUGUCGCUCCUUACAGAUCGAAGUCCAGCGAAUGAUAGACGCUGGAAAGCUACAUGAAUACGUGAAAAGGGAUUUUAGGAAAGGUUCCGGACAAUUUGGAACAUCACAUGUGAUUAAUGUCACUCACGCCAGGAUCCAUUCAAUGACCAGACGGGCAUCAGAAGAUGAGACCAGGAGAAAGCUCAGGAAAUUAAAGGAAUGGUACGUGACAAAUCACAUCGAUUUUUCCAAUGGAAAUGGAGCAGAAAUUCUGGAGCUUUGA